GGCUAUGACGGCCGCUGGCGGUUUCGGAACAGCGUUGAUGUUUGGGUGUCUUUUAGUUUUUGUCGCCGAGCUUGGUUGUCGUUAGAACGCCUGUGCUGGCGGAUAUAAGGAAAGAGCGCUGUAGAAAUUCAGAUUAUACUUCCACGCGUGCCGCUGUGCAAGGCGCCGACGUGUUGAGGAUGAAAUGCAUGGGCGUUUUGGAUUGGAUACUCUUGUUGCUGACAGCUCUGGUUCUCCUGUACUUGUAUGCAGCCAGGUACAGGAAUUACUGGAAAGACCAGAAUGUUGUCCACGAAAACUUCUCCCUCAUAUUUGGAGCCGCAAGACGAAUGCUGUUCAAGCCAUUUCAUCUUGUGGACCAAGAGCGGUACACUCAAUUCGGGAAACUAUUUGGUGUCUACGAAUUCGGGAAACCGGUGCUCUUCGUGUGCGAUCCUGAACUGGUGAAGUUCGUUCUCGUCAAAGACUUCUCUUCCUUGCCAAAUAGAAGGGAGAUGAAAUUUGCCGAUCCACUUAUGGACAACAUGAUGGGAUUUCUACCUGUUGAGAAAUGGAGGAAGAUCCGACCCACAGCAAGUCCAGCGUUUUCUACGGGAAGGCUGCGCAAGAUGAAUAAUUUGAUCGCUGAUUGUGCUCGAAAAACAGCGGAACACUUGAAAGAAACAGCUGAAAAAGGGGGAGAACUGGACCUUAAACAAUUUUAUGGCAACUACUCCCUCGAUGUGAUUGCCAGGUGCGCCUUCGGCACCCGACUGGACUCGCACACUGAGCAGAGCAACGAGUUUGUCACCAAAGCCAGGCAGGCUUUUUCGGGCAAAAUAACGCUGCGACUAGUCUGUCUCUUUUUCUUCCCGAGACUCUUCAGACUGCUAAAAAUGAGGGCCUUCAACUCGGAUAUCCUUCUCUACUUCAGGAACCUCUGCCUCGGGAUCAUUGAGAAUCGGAACAAAACCCAAACUCGACAGGAGGAUUUCCUGCAACUUAUGAUGGAUACGCGAGAAGGAGCCGUUGCAGCUACAGAUGAAAUAACCAGAUCAGCUGACGAGAAGCUCUUCAACCUUGACUCCGAGAUAAAGACGGACACUUCGUUUGCUGGAAGAGUUAAAGCCCUAACCGAGGAUGAGGCCAUGGCGCAGUGCGUUCUCUUCUUUCUUGCUGGCCAAGAUACGACGUCAGGGGUGCUCGCUUUUACUCUCUAUCUUCUCAGCCUGCAUCCCGAAACACAAGCGAAACUCAGGGAGGAAGCCGAUGAUUGCUUCAGACAACACGGACCAGAGCCAAGCCUGGAUGUCAUUUCAAAGCUCAAGUACCUCCAUGGGGUUGUGUCAGAAUCACUGAGGAUGUUCCCCCCCGGAGCGAGGCUGGAGCGAUGUGCGGCUAGCGACUACGUUCUGGGUGAGACCGGAAUACAAGUUCCAAAAGGCUGCGUGGUUGCCAUACCCGUCUACGCAAUGCAUCACGACCCGGAGAACUUUCCCGAUCCAGAAACUUUUGACCCAAACAGGUUCAGUGAAGAGAACGUUGACAGUAUUCGGCCGUACACCUACCUUCCCUUUGGAGCGGGACCUCGGAACUGCAUUGGCAGGAGGUUCGCUCUCGAGGCCGUCAAGUUGUCCCUCCUGCAUUCCGUUCACAGUGUCGAAUUUGUUCGUACAAAAAACACAAAGGUACCCCUGGAAUUUGUCGUUGGGUUUGGGGUUUUCAACGCCAAGAAUAUCACCGUCGGAAUCAGGAAGAGGACUACGUGAAACAUUUCAAAUUUUAAAGGGCAACUCCGCUUCAUUUUUGAUAUUUAGAAAACUAUGUAGCCCUCUUCAGUAUCAUAUAGGAAGACCCCAUGUCAAAUAUUACGAUCUAAUUCCGUCUAUAUAUUUAAUAAACUAGCCAGCAAACUUUGAAA